AUGUGUUUGGUUCUGCAGAAGCCAAGAGGUGCAGCGCGUAGCAGAGGGUCCGGCGAGAUGUUAGUGCUGACGCUGGUGGCGGUGUACUCUCUCUAUGUGGCCAGUGGAGCGCGCGGGGAGCUGGCGAUGCUGGCGCCGGAGCUGCUGCAGGAGCCGGCGCCGCGCGUGCAGUACGCGGCGCGCGCCGGCACCGCGCUGCACUGCGUCGCGCGCGCGCUGCCGCCGCCGCAUGUCUCCUGGCUCGCGGAAGACGGCUCCACCUUGCAAGACCAGCCCGGCCUCAGAAGAAUAUACAGUAACGGCACGCUGGAGAUGUUGCCGUCGAGCGCGUACGAGGUGACGCCGGCCACGGUGCGGUGCCGCGCCGCCAACGUGCACGGCGUGACAGUGUCGCGUGACGUCACGCUCGUCCCAGUUCCAGACGAGAGUUGGGAAGCGGUGGCGAGUACGGCCGCGGCAGCGCCGGGCGGCGUCGCGGCCAUCACGUGCGCGAGCGCAGGGGCGCGGGACCCCACGCACGUGCUCGCCGCGCUGUGGUACCGCGGCGACACCGUGUUGCACCUUGACCCACCCUCCCCAGAGUCGCGAUACCUAGUAGCGGGCAACACGCUGCUGAUCCGAGAUGUGAGCAGCAGCGACGCCGGCGCGUACAGCUGCCUGGCGCGGCACGCCGUCACCGGCGCCACGCGGCGCGCGCGCCCCGCGCUGCUCUCCGUCGGCGAAAACCAGCGUAAAACAACCACAACGUGUUGUUUCGCCAUCUGGUACCGGGAGCGCGAGGGCCGGCUGCAGCCCGCGCUGGCCGACAGCUGGGCGUGGGCUGGCGGCGCGGCGCAGUGCGUGCGGCGCGCCUCGCCUGCCGCCGCCGGCCUCUGGAUCUGCAAGGCGUACAACGUGUACGGGGACGCCACCGCGCACUCCACGCUGCACGUGCUCGACGACUCGCUCAGCGUCCUCGUCGUGCCCACUGUGCUCGUGGCGGACGCGGGCAGCACGGCGCACUUCAACUGCAGCGCGUCGGACCCGCGCGCGUCUCUGUCCUGGCUACACAACGGCGCUCCAGUCAGCGCGGUCGCGGACGGGGGCGCGGGCGGGGGCGGGAGCGCGGUGCUUGUGCUGCGGGGGGUGGCGCGCGCGCACCGCGGCGUCUACCAAUGUGUGGCGCGCCUCGCCUCACUGUCCGCGCAGGCCGCGGCCGAGCUGCGUCUCGGAGGCAAAUACUUCAUAAAUGAGGAGACAUCCGUGACGGGCGACGUGGUGUCGACGCUGAACGUGAGCGCCGUGAGCGCGGCGGACGGCGGCCGGUACACGUGCCGCGCGUACAACGCGCUGGGCCACGCGCGCCACUCCGCCAGGCUCAACAUAUACGGUCCACCAUCGAUACGGGCGCUAGGCCCAGUCCGCGUGGUAGCCGGAGCGAACGCCACAAUCUACUGCCCCUACGCCGGAUAUCCGAUCAGGUCCAUAGAGUGGCUUGAGAGACUCUUUGAGAAGGCGAAGCGCGUGAGGGAGCCAUUCUCGCCGAGAUCAAGAGAUGAUGGUUCCGGUUACCGUAAGCGCGGGUCUACUUUUGGCAAGCAGGGUAGCUCGCAGUUCAACCAGAAUCAGACGCAGCAUACGGCGCGUUGCAUUCCGCAUCCGCCAAAAAUCUCGCCAUUCAUGUUUUCUUCGGAAUUAACGGAGGGCAGCUCAGUGCAGGUGCUGUGUGGAGUGUCGUCUGGGGAUAAGCCCAUGUACUUCACGUGGCUUAAGGAUGGUGCUCCGCUGCCAGCCAACCUGCAGAUAGAAGAGAAGAACCUGAACGAGUUCUCGCUGCUGAUGUUCUCGGAGCUGACGGCGCGCCACAGCGGCGAGUACACGUGCCGCGUGUCCAACCACGCCGCCGUCGUCAACUACACCGCCACGCUCAGCGUCAAGGAGCCGCCAGCAGCGCCGCGGCAGCUGAGGCUGGGCGGAGUUGGGUCGCGGUGGGUGCGACUGGUGUGGACCGCGCCGCCCGCGCCCCCUGCACCGCCCGCCAGCCUGGUGUACACCGCGCUCUACGCUCCGCUGCGGACGCCGGGCGCCGCCACCGCCACCAACCUCACGGUGCACACCGACCACCGGACAGAUAGCGAAGAUACAUUAUCGGCAACGCUCGAGGGGCUGCGGCCAGCGGGCGCUUACUCUCUGCGGCUGACUUCAGCCAAUCACGUGGGGCAGUCACCGCACUCAGACCCCUUAAUGUUCACUACAUUAGAAGAAGUAGAAGCCACUAAUGUCAAACCUCCAAGAAAAGAGGCACCGCUAUUAGCUUAUUUCCUCUCUCCUCUACCAAAUAAACACUUCUGCAACACUAAAUUAUACGGAUGCAAGCAGACUCCGCCGCAAGAUAGCUGGAACGGUGAGCUGCUGGGGUACGUGGUCUCGUGGCGCGAGAUACGCGUCGACAGCGGCGAAGAGGCUGCGGAGGACGAGGAGGGCGGGGCGGGGGGCGCGGGCCGCGUGGCAGUGCGCGGCUGGAGCAGCUCGCAGCUGGCGGUGGAAGGGCUGCGCUCGUUCGCGCGCUACGCGCUGUCCGCGCGCGCCUACAACCGCGCCGGCGCCGGCCCGCACUCGCCCACCCUCUACGCGACCACCGCCGACGGAGUCCCCGAGGCCGUGGAGCGGGUCCGCGCGCUGGCGGCGAGCGCGGCCGCCGUCCGCGUCUGCUGGCUGCCGCCCGCCGGCGCCGGCCGCCUCACGCACUACACGCUCUACUCCCGGGAGCGCGCCAAAGUGGGCGGGGAGUGGGUGCAGCGCGUCGACGUAGCGGCGGAGGACGGCGAGACUGAGACCUGGCAGGAGGAGGUGUGCCGGGAGGUGCGCGGCCUGCGCGAGAGCACCGUGUACGAGUUGUGGGUGCGCGCCGCCAACGCGGCCAGCGCCGGCCCGCCGAGCCGCCCCGUCGCCGCCGCGCCGGCUCCCACCUUAUCAGCCAGGAUAUCGUCGUUUAGUCGCGUGGUGAGCGCCGCGUGGGGCGCGCGCGUGCGCCUGCGCUGCUCUGCGCUGGGAGCGCCCCCACUGCGCUGGCGCUGGGCGCCGCUACCGACCCACUACACUGUCACUGACGAUGGCGAUCUCAUCAUUCAUAAGGCGGAGGCGUCGCUGGCGGGCAACUACACGUGCACCGUACGCAACGGUCUGGGCUCCGACUCGCUGAGCGUAGCGCUGCAGGUCCGCGCGCCUCCCGCGCCGCCUGCGCCGCGCCUGCGCACCACGGCAGCGCAUGCGCUCCAGCUUAGCUGGGACAAACCAAAUGAUGGCGGGGCUCACAUACUGGGUAACUAA